UAUAAUCCCUACCCUUUCUGCAAUGUCACCCCACCCCUCUCCUCCUACCUAGCUACUGAACACGAAGAAGAAAAAGAAGAAAAAUGUCUACUAGCACUUUUUUCCUCCUCUUCUUCUUCUCCAUUCUAACCCCACGUUUCGUUUUCUCUUCCCUAGUUCCGGAUCCUGAGCUAGUUGUACAAGAGGUACACAGGAGCAUCAAUGCCUCGAGGAGGAACCUUGCCUUCCUCUCAUGUGGAACCGGCAACCCCAUCGACGACUGCUGGCGGUGCGACCCCAACUGGGAGAGGAACCGCCAGAGGCUGGCAGACUGUGCUAUUGGGUUUGGGAAGGAUGCCAUUGGAGGAAGAAAUGGUAGAAUUUACUUGGUCACUGAUUCAGGUGAUGAUGAUGCUGUGAACCCAAAGCCAGGGACUCUUAGGCAUGCAGUGAUUCAAGAUGAACCCUUGUGGAUUAUUUUCCAGAGAGAUAUGGUUAUUCAGCUGAAGCAAGAACUGGUGAUGAAUUCUUUCAAGACUAUUGAUGGUAGAGGUGCUAGCGUUCACAUUUCUGGAGGACCAUGCAUUACUAUUCACUAUGCAACCAAUAUUAUCAUCCAUGGAUUACACAUACAUGAUUGUAAGCAAGGAGGGAAUGGUGAUAUAAGAGAUUCUCCUCACCACUCUGGGUGGUGGACUCAAUCGGACGGUGAUGGUAUUUCCAUCUUCACCAGCAAGCAUAUUUGGGUUGACCAUUGCUCGCUCUCUAAUUGUCAUGAUGGUCUGAUAGAUGCCAUUCAUGGAUCUACAGCCAUUACCAUCUCUAACAACUAUUUCACCCAUCAUGACAAGGUCAUGCUUUUGGGCCAUAGCGACUCGUAUAGUCAAGACAAGGACAUGCAAGUUACUAUUGCCUUUAAUCAUUUUGGAGAAGGGCUAGUGCAGAGAAUGCCAAGGUGUAGGCAUGGAUAUUUUCAUGUGGUGAACAAUGACUAUACUCACUGGGAAAUGUAUGCAAUCGGUGGGAGUGCUUCCCCUACCAUCAACAGCCAAGGGAAUAGAUUUCUCGCGCCUGAUGACAGGUCCAAGAAAGAGGUGACCAAACACGAGGAUGCACCGGAAAGCGAGUGGAGGGGCUGGAACUGGAGGUCGGAUGGAGACUUAAUGGAGAACGGUGCCUUUUUCCGGCAAUCAGGUGCAGGAGCUUCUUCAAGCUAUGCUAGAGCUGCUAGCCUGAGUGCAAGACCAUCUUCUUUUGUGGGUUCAAUAACCAGGACUGCUGGUGCACUUAGCUGCAGGAGGGGUUCUCGUUGCUAGCUAGAAUUAAUUAAUUAACAAAAAAAAAAAAAAUGAAGAAUUGAAAAUCACUAUAUUCCCUAGGCCUUAACUGGCCAAUAUAGUGUUCUAGUUGUGUCUCUUGUUUUUGACAACCUCUGUAAUUUGCUUGGAAAAACUUUAUUGGAUUGGACUACAUUGGCAAUCCUUUGUUUUGUUUAAAGUAAAAGCAAGAUCAGAUGUGUUGACUUUUUUA